AACGCACAAGGCUGUAUUGUUUAUUUCGCUUACAGCCCACUUGUUACUAGGAUAUUUGACUAGGAAGUCUUAAACAUUCCACCAAUCCCAACCGUCAAAGUGGUGUACUUGUGAAGCGAACGUUCGACAAGUUCAGCCAUGUUGCAGUAGGUUAAGUGCAGAGGAGUGAAAUUGGUUGGCGAACGGUGACAAGCUUCUAUCAUCGACGAGAAAAAAAUUGCAAAUUAAAUACAUGAAAACGAAUGGAAUGACAUCGUUUGGGGCUCAUUGUUCUUACAACUUUUCAAGCGCCUUAACUGCGUCUUCAUCACUUACGGAAGAAUCAUAAACGUUGCGAAGAAUGCAGGAACCUUCUAUUAUCACUGUUAUGUUUAUGUUGAUUUUAUUGUCCGUACUUGGGACGAUUGGAAAUUCGCUCGUGCUUUGUAUUUAUUUCCGAAAGAAGAGUAAAUCAACCGCCCGAAUAUUCAUUAUGAGUCUUGCGAGUACAGAUUUGUUUACGUGCCUGUUUGUCAUGCCAUUUACGGUGAUAGUUGUAUAUCUACAAAAAAAUUUGAAAUACGACGUUGCUUGUAAAAUAUAUAUGUUUCUCAUAACGUGCAACAUUCCAUUUUCGUGUUUUUUAAUGUGCGCUAUAGCCAUUGACAGAUAUUUUAAAAUAUGUCACCCGUUCUGUCAUGUUUUUAAUAUCGUUUGUGCAAAAAUAAUUGUGGGUUGUCUUUUGGUGCUGGCCUCAACCUUCGGGAGUAUAACAGCGAUUUUACACGGCCAAGAACAUUACACUUUCAUUGAGGAAAUAAACAUCUCCGAGCUAUACGAACACAAGCAGAAUGGAUCUUAUAGUGAGGUGCUGGAUGGCUUCGAUUCUCAUAACGCAUCGACAUUAACGUUAGACUUGACCCAAUUGUAUGAAACAAAUUCUUCGUCGAUGGACCUAACCCAGAAUAACGCCAGCAGCCAUAGCACGAUUUCCCAAUAUAGCUAUUGCAAUCCAAGCUAUGUGUAUUUUAGCCCAGGGUUUGUAAGAGCAUAUCAACAAGUCUACGCGGGGACGUAUCUUCUUGCAUUCAUUGUUGUUUUCGUGCUCUAUGCGCUUAUCGUAAGGUCAAUACAUAAACACAGGGCGCAGCUAAGCAAGUGGAAACGAUCCAGCCUUUAUCCAUCUGAGAUUGCAAACGUCGAAACCCAGUUUAACUCAGUCACAAAAGUGGAUCCUCACACACAUCGGAGCUCCAACUGCAUUAACAAAGUUGAAGCCAUCGACAGCUAGGAUGAGUGUUUUCCGGAAAUACAGCAAGUUCGACGACUAGCAAAAUCGAAUCGGUGUGCGAUGUUAAUUAACCUGAACACACUUAUUGCUGAUAUUCGGACAAUGAUGAUGUUGUUUGUUGUCACAAUAGUGUUUUUUAUUGCUUUUUUACCAGCAUGGUUAAUGGCGUUUAAUAUUGUUAAUUAUAAUAAAGUAAUAUAUUACAUGUACUUCAUGUACAAUACAACGAACCCGUUCGUAUACGCAGUUAUAGACAAAGUAUUUAGAGACGCUCUUGUAAAACUUAUCAAAUGCCAAAUCAUGCCUAUUUUACGAUAAUUUUAGUUGAUUAAUUUUCAUUGAGGAGUGCUAUACUAUAUUAAAUCAGUCUAAGUUCAUCGUUGUGGGUGAAGACAUGUUUAUCGGGAAAGUGAUGCUAAAUGUUACGCCUUAAAAAUCCAUUUUAGCUGCACGUACUGUUGCAGGGUUCGCACAGACCUUGAAAAGUGCUUGAAAAUCAAGGUUUAUCUUGAAAACUGCUUAAAAACGAUCGGGAGUGCUUAAAAGUGCUUAUUUUCAACCAUAGCAUUGAAAAGUGCUUAGAACGUGCUUGAAUUUGAUUGGAAAAGUGCUUGAAAAACGGAUUAAAAUAUUUAAUUUCCGUGAGUCGGAAAUCGUAGUUUUUUUUCACGAUUUAUGACGGUUCCGAUCUGUUCACACUGGCAGGUACUGGAUCGGUACGGGUUGGUACAGUUUUAGGACGUAAGGAAGGCAACUACUACUAAUUUUCCGCCAAUUGGUCCACUUCGGUUUUUGUUGUACACAUUAUGCCAUUACGGUGCUGACAAGUUGAAAUAUGCCAGCGAAUAAGUGCAUUUUUCAGAAAGGGUGGCUUUUGAAGUACCCUUGGGUUGUUGACAAUGCCGAUUCUAAAGUCAAAGCAUCUUGUAAAGAACGCAGAACAGGUAUAGAGAUCGACAGUAUGGGAGAAUCGGCGUUGAAAAGUCACAUAAAAUGCAGUUUGUUUGUGAAGCAAAUUCAUUCGAUUAACCCAAUUCAUACAGACGUACUGCAAAAGACAAAAGACAAAAAAGUUGCAUGCACUUGACUGAUUGUCAAAUAAAUUAGAUGAUACUGUGAAGAAACUGCAAUCUUUUUAAAUGAGUGCAGACUCUCAGUCUGAACAUAUACAGUACACUAUUGCAUCUAUAACAGAUUUUACAUGUACAUAUGUUCCUGCUGUAGAAAUCACUUAAUAUAAGUAUAGUUUUAUAUUGCCGUUGCGAGAUUCUGUACAUUUGUAGUUUUCUAUUUUUACUUCAGAAUUAAUUUGUAUCAGAUGCAUAAUUGUCUUUAACAUUUUGUAGCAGCUAUAUUAUACCACUGGAAUAUCUGUUAUGAACAUUUAGAAUACAUAAUGAUAUUCAAUACAAAUAACUUUUUUUUGGUAUGUGUAAUGCCUUGGUCAAUUACUUUAUCAUAAUGAAAUAUCUUACUUUUGAUUAAACAGUUGUUACUGUAGCAGGGUAGUGCAGACAGAAUAAUAUAUUCAGUUGGUCCGACUAAACAAUUGCUUGAAUUUGGAUUUUUUCCCCUGAAAAGUGCUUAAAAAGUGCUUGAGUUUCAUUGGAGAAAAUCUGUAUGAACCCUGUGUUGUUUCAGAUAAUUGUGAACAUACUUGCAGUGAAAAUAGGUCGCCCACGACGCCCUGACACUAAUAGUUCCUUUACGGAUGUGUUGUAUCGAGAAAACGGACGAAUACAAUUGAAUAAUUAUUAUAUGUAUACAUGUAUGCGUUAUACUUCUACGCUUAGUGGACGUGAUAAUGUGCUUUGUAUAAUGCUUAAUUAUAAGUAGGUGUAUACACAAGUAAAAAUAUGGACGUUUCAUAUAUUAAAAGAAUAUCUUUAAUUUCUUUACUAAAUUAAGUAUUUGAUUUACUAAAUUAAGUAAUCAAACAUAACCUUUUUAAAAUAAUGGAAAUGUAUAUGCUUAACACAUCUUUAUUGCACCAUGGUUAUUUUGGUUACUUCUUGCUGCACUAUGUUUGU